AUGGGACUAACUGGCUGUGAAAAAUUUGGGAAGGUGUUUCUCAUUGUCAUAAACAUAAUCUUCUUCCUGCUAGGACUUGGACUUUUCAUAGUAGGGAUUUUGAUGAAAGUUAAUGUUUCCGCAAUAAGUGAUGACGUAAAGCCUGCACUGAAUGCAGUCACCGUGACUAGUUUUAAAUUAGGAGAUCUGGUGGAUAACCUAUCGAUUCUCUUCAUAUUAGAUUGUUGUGCUGUGAACAAUACAAAAACCGACUUUGAUAGCACUCCAUGGCACACAACUGGCAAACGAGCAACUGCCAAGAUACCCAGAACAUGCUGCAAAGGGACUGAUUCUGAUAGUUAUGUUUUAUUUACCAGCAGUUCUCCAUGUGUUCGAGGCACCAUUGGAUAUAAUACAAAGGGAUGUUACGAUGCUCUGCAAGAUCAGAUUUCGACAUACGGGAAUGUGUUUAUCGGAGUCGGAAUAACCAUCCUAUUAAUUGAGCUUCUAGCAGUUGUUUUCGCUUGUAUGAUUUGCUGUCAAACUGGAAAGGAUGAUGUAGUUUAAACAAACUCUUCUUGAGACGUGAAAAGUAAAGCGUAUGUUUUUUUUUUUGUUUUUUUUUUUAAA